AGGAUUCCUUGCCUAUAUAUUCCUUUCUUUCUUCCCAACACAAAAAUAUAAUAGUGAUACACACACACACACUAGUUCACACCAAUCUUUUUCCAAGAAUUCAAGAAUUGGAGCUGCACAUGGCUCUGAGGAUUCCACUCCAUCUGUUUCUCCUGAUAGUGCCCAUAUAUGCAAAUUUAGAAGGGGAUGCUCUUUAUGCAUUGAGGAGGGCUGUGAAUGACCCAGAAAAUGUGUUGCAAAGCUGGGAUCCUACCUUGGUGGACCCCUGCACUUGGUUUCAUGUCACUUGUGAUGCUCAAAAUAGAGUUACUAGGCUUGAUCUUGGAAAUGCAAAGCUGUCAGGGAAGCUUGUGCCUGAGUUGGGGAAGCUGGAGAGGCUCCAGUAUCUGGAACUCUACAUGAACAAGUUGAUGGGGCUGAUUCCAGCUGAAGUGGGACGGUUGAGGAGUCUCGUGAGCCUCGAUUUGUAUAACAAUAACCUCACUGGCUCCAUCCCUCCUUCGCUGUCCAAUCUUUCCAAUCUCAAGUUCUUGCGACUAAACGGUAAUAGACUGAGCGGGAGGAUACCGAGGGAGCUCACCAAGCUUGGAAACCUCAAGAUUCUCGACGUGUCGAAUAAUGAUUUGUGUGGUACUAUUCCCACAUCUGGCUCAUUCUCAAAACUCACAGAAGAAAGUUUUAUGAACAACUCGAGAUUAGAAGGGCCUGAGCUGAUGGGGUUCGUGAAAUACGACGUCGGAGGGUGCUAAGGCAUCUGUAUAAUUAUUUGAUAGGACUUUGAAAAUGUCAUUCUAGUUUCUAAAUAGUAGUAAAGAGGGCCUUGAAUUGUCAAGUUUGAUUUUCAUGAGACCACUUCUUUACUUGGAGGAUGCAGUUUAGGAAUCUUGUAGAUUCUAUAAAUAUAUCAUCUCAUGAAUUAUGUUCA